UGACCUUCUCAUAUAAAAUUAUACAGAAAAAUCCUCAAUAAUCAGGAUUCUGAGUUGUUUAGACGUUUCAUUGCAUAUAUUUUUGCUAGUUUAAGGUGCUGGUACGUGAUAAAAAUGGUUCAGUGCAAAAUAAAUCUCGACAACUAUACUGGCCAAUAUUUUCCUGGAAAUACCAUUCAAGGACAAGUUAUAAUACAAUUAAAUAGCGACACAACUUUAAGAGGUGUUAGAGUAACACUUUCUUGUAACGAACAUACUGAAUGGCUGGGGAGUGAAUCUUACUACGACAACGAUGCAAGAGAGCAAAAAUCUAGAACCACUCAGUUUCAAGGGGACAACGAGGUGUUUUCUCUGAAGCAAUGGCUUUAUGGAGAUCAAAAUGCCAAAGUAAACCUUUCUUCGGGACAGCAUAUUUACCCGUUUAAUAUCCAACUACCACAGAAUAUUCCCAGUACCUAUCACAGUGAAAAGGGUACAGUGUCAUAUAAAAUAACAGCUACAGUUGACAGACCUAUGGCACUUGAUUUCGAAGAUAAUAUGGUGAUUGUAGUUAACUCACCAAUUGAUUUGAAUACUAUUGCUUCAGCUACAGAUCUACAACCUAGUUCAUAUUCGGAUGAAAAAACUCUGUGUUGUUGGUGCUGUGCACAAGGUCCAGUUACAAUGGACGUUGAGUUGCCUAAAAAAACACUAAUUCCCGGAGAACAUGUCGAAGUUAAAGUCAGUUUAACCAACAUGUCAAAUACCAAUGUCGAAGGAGUUAGCCUAGAGCUAAAACAGGAUAAUGUGGAUGCACACUUACCCUGUUUUAUUAUUCAGAUUUUGACAUAUAAAGUGACAGAACCUAACAAAGAGGAAAAAGAAGACUCACUGAUUUUGGUGGAUUUAAAAGAUGUUGGUUUAGGUGCACAUGGAGAGAACACCUAUCUAUUUAAUGUUACUUUACGUCCAAAUGUGGAGUUGCCAAAUUUUGCACAAUGCAGACUAUUUGCCGUUGAAUAUAGAUACAAGGCCAUAACGAAAUUACCGUCCAUGCAUAAGAAUCUCGAGAUUAAUAUGACGCCGAAAGUGGGUCAUAUACCGUUGGCUGCACAAAAUGCUGGAGCUCCAUACUCGACUCAAGGAAAUUUGUAUCCUGAUAUGGGAUGGACUGCAGGACCCAAUCCGACAGCUCCGCCAAUAAGUGAAAAACAACAAUUUGAAGGCGAUCCAGGUUACAACAGAUUUGAUCAACCACCUGCAUAUGACACUCUGAACAAUUAAAAAUAUAUGCCCCUUAUUAGUAUUUAAAUGUAUUUUAAAAACUUUGUCUUGAAUAUUAGUAUGUAUAUAUAUAUUGCAGAGAUAUAAUAUAUAAAAAUAUUUAUUUUUAUGUAUGCUAUUUUACAUAUUUUAUAUUUGUUGUGCACAUAUUUGUAUUGUAAAUAUA